ACUAUAUUAAGAAAAAACGUACAUCUUUUGGCCCUAAACCGUUUCUUCUUCCAUCUUCCUUCGUUCUUCGCCCCGCUGCGGCUGCCGCCGGCGACUCUCAGGAACGAGUGUUGAUUUGAAGGAUUGUGCAGCUUCGCCGUCGUUUUCCUCAUCCGUUUACGCCUCCUACACCGUCAUCUUCCUCUCACACCGGGUCGUCUUCCUCGUCCAACGGUUGCUCUCCUCUUCGCCUUACUUGCCCUGGCUUUUUUCGACGGGUGGGCUCAAGCUCUAAUUUCUUCCACAGUAGUUGAACAGUAACAAACUCAUUUGGGCGUAUUAAAGAAACACAGCCUACGAAAGAUGUCGAACAUCAUUUCGUUAUCAAGUGACUGCAUCAAUCUUGGCUUUAUCGGAGCUGGAAAAAUGGCUGAGAGCAUUGCACGAGGUGUGAUUAAGUCAGGGUUGAUGCCUGCUUCUCAGAUUCGAACCGCACACAGUGGCAAAGCUAGGCGCACUGCCUUUGAAUCACUUGGUGUCAAUGUGCUUGCUGACAACCAUCAGGUCGUCCAAGAUAGUGAUGUGGUUGUAUUCUCUGUGAAACCUCAAGUUGUCAAAGGGGUUGUGGAGCAGUUGCAGCCAUUCCUCUCAGAGAAGAAGCUAUUGGUUUCUGUUGUAGCUGGAGUCAAGUUAAAAGAUUUGCAGGCUUGGGCGGGUCAAGACCGGUUUAUAAGGGUAAUGCCAAAUACCCCUGCUGCUGUUGGUACAGCUGCAUCUGUUAUCAGCCUGGGCACUGGUGCAACUAAGGAAGAUGGUGAAUUGAUUGCAUCGAUAUUUGGUGCAAUUGGCAAAGUUUGGACAGCUGAUGAGAAAUUGUUUGAUGCUAUUACUGGCCUAAGUGGUAGCGGGCCAGCAUACAUAUAUUUAGCAGUAGAAGCUUUAGCUGACGGAGGUGUGGCUGCUGGUCUUCCUCGGGAACUUGCACUUGGCCUGGCUUCUCAAACAGUACUUGGAGCUGCAACAAUGGCCGUAAAUUCUGGGAAGCAUCCUGGCCAGCUGAAAGAUGAUGUUGCUUCACCUGGUGGGACAACUAUUGCAGGGAUUCACGAGCUGGAGAAGGCUGGUUUCCGUGGGAUUCUGAUGAAUGCAGUCGUUGCUGCUGCAAAGCGUGGUCGAGAACUCUCUCCUAAUUAGGUACUAUUUUUGAUCUCUCAUGGAUUAAUUGCACGUUAGUACAUUCAACUGAAGACUAUAGACAGCUUCAUAUGGCCCUAGUUGAUCUGAUAAUGGCCUAUUUCACGUGCACACACAAUUAAACAUACUCAGUUGCAAUAAUCUACCUUCAUGUGUAGAAGAUUUAUGUGAAUGUGUGUGCACCAAGGUCUUUUGAUACAUAUCCCUGAAAGUGAAAGCCUUACAAAUUCUUGUAAGCGUAUAAGCCUUAGUUUCUUAUUUCAAAAAUAA